CAAUAUUCUUUAUAAUUAUUGUUAUGAUUAGAUUUAAGAUAGUUUUUCUUUUCUGCCUUUCUUUCUACCAACAAAUAUGUAAGCUAUUUUGUACCGCUUUUAAUUUGAAAUGUCACCCGGAUGUACGAGUAUGUGGCCAGGUCUACAGGUAGCUAGCAGGCUAGUUUGUUUUUGCUUCAGUCACUGCUGCAAGAUUAUGCUUUAGUUUUUGCUUCUGUCGACUUUGACACGUGGAUGACUGUCUCUCAGAUGGUGACCAGAGCUGGGUCUUGGCUUAAACGAAGCCGGGUAGUAUUAUAAGACGGGCUGUAACGUUUAUUUGAUGUUAAAUUAGUAAACCUCGCCCAACUAGCUCACUGUUAACCUUGAUAGACAUCUGCAGCUAGCCGGUUAACGCAAGGCAGACUAGCUGUACCUUACACCGCUAUACUUCUGUUUUGAGUGAUGCGACUGAGGUGAGUCUACUGUUAGAACAAGACGAUGGCAGGUUCCCAGUGGGAGCUUCCUCCUGAGCUCUGCUGUCGGCCCAUGGCCUUUGUGGCUUUGACUGGCCUGGAUGUGGUCUAUAAUGCUGUGCACAGGGCCAUAUGGGACGCCUUUUGUGCCAACCGGCGAGCUGACAGAGUUCCUAUCUCUUUCAAAGUCCUUCCAGGAGAUCAUGAGUACCCCAAAUGUCGCACUAAGAGAACCUCAUAUGAAUGGUACAUUCCUAAAGGCAUCCUGAAAACAGGCUGGAUGAACAAACAUCUGAACCUGGUUCCAGCUCUGGUUGUCCUCUUUUAUGAGCUGGACUGGGAUGACCCACAGUGGAAAGAGAAACAGUCUGAAUGUGCAACUAAAGUGGAAAUAGUCAGGACCAGCCUUCAGGGUCGAAACACCAAGGUGGCUGUGGUUCUGAUCCAGAAGAAAACUCCUCUACCUCCAGGAGAGGACUUGGUGGCAUCAGAGAGAGCUGCUGCUCUUUGUAACACCUGCGAUUUGUCUGGAAAGAGUCUCUUUGUGCUCCCACACACCGACCACUUAGUGGGCUACAUUAUAAGGUUGGAGAACGCUUUCUAUGAACAUGCUCAGACAUACUACUACACUGAGAUCCGUCGAGUCAAGUCACAUAAAGAGUUCCUCAACAAGACCACACAUCAGCUGCUUUUUGUCAGACACCAGUUUAAAAUCGCCUUCUUCAGUGAGCUUAAACAGGACACCCAGAAUGCCCUCAAGUACUACAGAACUGCAUACAGUCUUGUUCAUGAGCUCAGAGCUCACGAGACCAACAUGUUGGAGAUCAAAACUAUGGCUGGAUUCAUCAACUACAAGAUCUGCCGUCUAUGUUUCCAACACAACACUCCUCUUGAUGCUAUAGCUCAGUUUAGGAAACACAUCGACCUGUGUAAGAAGAAGAUUGGCAGUGCUGAACUGGCCUUUGAGCACGCUGCAUGGAUGUCUAAACAGUUCCAGUCGUUUGGUGAGCUGUUUGAUGAAGCGAUAAAGUUGGGCCUCACAGCCAUCCAGACGCAGAAUCCUGGUUUUUACUACCAGCAGGCUGCUUGUUACAGUCAGGACAGGAAACAGCAGGCACAACAGCUGUGUCAGGCUGGAGCAAAUCAUCCGUCUUCUGAACCUCUAGAAACUCAGAGUGGAGUGCUGGACUUCUAUGGUCAGAGACUCUGGAGACAAGGACACCAGAGCAUUGAUCCUCCAGACGCAGAAAAGGAGAAGAACGGGAUUCUGGCCCUACAGAUGAAAGAGAGAGACGUACCACAUUCUGAGCUGAUAAUAGCUCUUCUCAGUAAUGCUGUCGCCCAGUUUAAGAAGUACAAGUGUCCUCGAAUGAAGAGUCAUCUCAUGGUGCAAAUGGGAGAGGAGUAUUACCACGCUAAAGACUACACCAAAGCUCUGAAGCUGCUGGACUACGUGAUGUGUGACUAUCGCACAGAGAGAUGGUGGGGCCUUCUCACAGCCAUACUGACUACGGCUCUGCGCUGUGCUUUUCUGAUGGCCAGUGUUAAAGACUACAUCAUCUACUGCAUGGAGCUGCUGGGCAGAGCCUCAACUUUGAAGGAGGAACAGAAGUCAAGGAUUGAAAAAAAUCUCCUCAGAGUCCUCAUGAACGAGGUCCCUGACCCUGAGCCAGACUGUGAUCCGUCCUCUGUCAGUGCAGCCAGGUCCCUGUGGAGCGACCGCAUGGCUUUGGCUGGAUCAAAUGAGCUGACUGUAGAAGUGCAGGAUUACAUUCCAUUCAUCCAGUGUAAGGCUAAGUUUCAGUCUCCCAGCUUCCAUGUAGACCAGCCCAUCCAGCUCCAAGUUUUCCUCCGAGCCGACUGUCCUCAUCCAGUUUCUUUCAACAAACUGGCCGUCAGCCUCAGUAACCAGGAGUAUAACCAGUGGUGUGUGGUGGAGUCUUCAGGUCAGGAGAGUAUGAGCCUGCUUCCAGGAAAAACCAAAUGCUUCAGUUUCAGCUUUGUAGCAAAGACGGAAGAUGUGGGGAAGAAGAUUGAGAUGACAGGUAUUGAGGUGAUGCUGGGCAGUGACCGGGGCCGCUGUGUUUUUGUGAGCUGGAGAGGGGCUGGUGGAGAUGCAGCCUCUUCCCAUGAAGCCUUGCAGGUGAGCAGGUCGUCACGUCGAUGGGGGCGGAGUGCCGAGGCACGUCAGGAGCCAGACUGGGACAGCGUGACUAUGCAGCACAGCACUAUGAUCAUCUCCAGGGUUCCAAAAAUCUCUGUUCAGCUGAGUCACCAGCCCCCUGCCCUCCACAACGAGAUGUACUGCAUCAGUCUCACUAUCCAGUCACAGGAGGAGGGCAUGGCAAAGGAUGUCAAACUGACAGCUGGCCUCAAACCAGGUCAGGAUGCCAAUCUGGGCCAGACUACACAUGUGUCUCUGGAUGGCUCCAAGGUUUGUGAUGACUCUGCUCCCGCUCUGGUCACUGACAUUCCUCUAGGAGAUCUUAAACCUGGACAAAAGUUGGAGAAGUGUGUAUAUGUAAAGUGUGAGUCAUGCGGACCAAGGAUCUUCCUGUUCCAUGUGGCCUACAGCAUCGACACCACAGUGGAAGGACGGAAGAUUGUGUGCAAGUGUCACAAGGAUGAGACUGUGUCCAUCGAGACGGUGAUCCCAUUCGAUGUGUCUGUCAAGUUUGUGUCCACCAAGUUUGAGCCGUUGGACCGAGUGACGCUGGACAUCCCCUUCCUCUUGAUGACGGACAUCUCGUCAUCGUCUCCCUGGCCUCUGCUGCUGACCUCUUCCUCUCUGCAGCUGCUCACACUGACCAGCAACACACCUCGGCUUCAGUCGCAGAUACAGGAAGUUGUUCUGCAGACAGGUGAGUGUGCCAGCGAAUGUUUCUGUCUCCGCUGUCCACCACAGACCAACAGCAACAGCACCAUUGCCACAGGGCAGUACUUGAUAUCAUGGAGGAGGAAAUCUUCAAGUGCAGACAGCCCUCUGAUCCAAACUACAGUCACUCUACCUCACAUCAUCCUUGAGUCUGUCCCUCUUUAUAUCCACGCUGAUUUGCCGUCAUUUGGGCGAGUCAGAGAGUCUCUUUCAGUUCGUUACCACAUAGAGAACAGAACGGCGCUGGUACAAGAGGUGGAAAUGGCUGUCGAACCUUCAGAUGCCUUCAUGUUCUCUGGACUCAAACAGGUUCGCCUGCGUAUCCUUCCUGGCUCUGAGCAGCAGAUGCUGUAUAACUAUUACCCGCUGAUGGCCGGUUACCAAACACUACCACAGCUCAAUAUCAGUCUGCCGCGCUGCCCGACCACCAACACACACUCACUGAGACGCUUCCUGCCACAACGCAUCUUUGUCAAGCCUCAGGGUCGUCAGCUGGAUGAUGCCUCCAUCGCUGCAGCAUAAUAAGAAAACACAAAACGUUCUCUGUAAAUAUGACAAGAUGGCAACUUUGUGUAGGUUGUUCUAAAUGUAAGAUUCCUCAAAAAUUAAACUAUUAACACUAUUUGUUUCACAUUGUUCUGCAAAAUUAACGUAACCUCUGAAAAAAACAUCAGAUUUGUUUCUAGCUUUUUAUGUUCAGAGUGAAUGUGUUGACAUGAUGAGCAUGAUGGACAGAAAAUGAUUGGAAAUCAUGUGCGAUUGUGAUUUGAACUAAAUGGGAAUUUGGGUGGAGUGUAAAAAAUGAAAAGUGAAUGUGAAGAAGUUUUAAUUAAACUGCUGUGAUGUAAA